AUGUCGCAGAGCUCACCGAAUCGUGCUCGAGAUCAAGAUGACCAUCCGGUUCAAAAUGAUCAAGCUGUUGAGCGAAGUCGUCAGCAUGACGCUAGCCAUGUGGCAUCUUCUAACACAAAUGCGAAGGAAGAUGCCAGGGUACCCGAGAGCUUGUACGAGAAUUAUCCCAGAUCUUUGAGAGAGCUCGCUACUCGCGCAGCAGCGGCUGGGGCUGCCUUUGGUGGAUACCACCAGCAUUCUAGCGACGGGAGAAUAGAUUCGGAGAGUAGCGGUGUGCAGUUCAAACAUUCACCAAGCCCGGGCUCAAGCUCUGGUCUCUCCACUGCUCCCGGCGGAAGCUGGACCAGACCUAGAGCGCCAUCAAAGGAGGAACUCUUAAGACUUGCGAGAGGCUUCUGGACUAGAUUACGCAUCCGCUUCAAGUGGUUCACCAUUCGCGGAUUCAGGCGCUUCAAUGUCGACGAUCUGAGUGCCUUCUUCACACUGGGCGGUUUGGGUACCAUCAUUUUCAUCGUCGUCGGCACGUGAGUAGCCAAGCAGUCUGAUGGCAUGGCACUGAGAUUCGCAACAUGAUGGUCUGAUAGCGCUUCCACAUCCGCACAGCACAACUGCCGUGUCGCUAGUGUUUGCAGCUCUGAACGCGCUGAACUUGCAAGAGUUCUUUGCCCGAAGGAUUGCAGAUUAUUUGACUUCUCAUACUGGUAUGACCGUCAUUUUUGAAUCAGCAAUCGUUCCGAAGUGGUCGACCUCGCGUAUCUCCUUCCAGAACGUGUUUCUGAGUCGUCGCGCUCAUUUCGGAGAUCCCGAAGCCUUACGAGAGGAGCGCAGAGCAAGGCUCGAAGCGCGAGCCAAGGGUAUGGGACAAAGCAGAACAGCGCAUACAGCUGGUCAAGGAAUGGCUUGGGAGGGCACGCACUGGACAGAGCGGGAAGACGAGGAGGGCAUUGGAGAGGAAGUCGCCCCACCCAUGAGGGAAGAUGCGACAGGCGGCGAGGAUGAGGGCAACUUUACACAAUUUGAUCUCAACGUCGACUCUAUUGACGUCACACUCAGCUUCAGCAGAUGGUGGGACGGCAAAGGCUUAGUUGAAGACGCUGUAGUCAGAGGCGUCAGGGGCAUUGUUGGUGAGUGUUGACGCGCGUCAAUGCCACAUUUCAAAGCUGUUGCUGAAGCGCGCAAGCACCUCCCCAGAUCGACGCAAUGUCCACUGGGAUUCCGACAAGCCAUACGAUCCUCGCGCAGCACGUAGAACCUCUCGGCCGGGUGACUUUGACCUCUCUUCUUUGGUGCUCGAAGAUCUGUUGGUGACAGUCUACCAACCUGGAGACUUUAGACCCUUCAACUUCAGCAUCUUCAGCGCGGUGGUACCUCGCCUCCGCAAGCAAUGGCUGUUCUACGAUCUGCUGGGUGCUGAUAGCAUCACGGGGCAAGUAGACGGCUGCUUGUUUAGCCUACACAAACCUCAGAGAGUGGGAAAGAGCACCGAAAAGGAUGCCGAGAGUCGCCGUGGCAGGUGGCGAACCCUCGUGAGUUUCGUCUUCACGGAAGCGCGCGCGGCGCGCGAAUUUCGACCCAUACUCAUUCACACGCACUCUGCUGCAGUCACGUGUAAGGAUUGAUGGGGUCAGCUUUGAUCAUAUUCAGAAUCAAAGCGACCUGCACGGACCUGUCUCCUGGAUCAACUCCGGCAAAUUUGAUGGUGAGUCGCGCGCUCUGAUGCUUGCUGUGCCACGCUUUCCCAAGCUGACAAACGGGCCGGCUUUGGCAUGGUGACCUUUGCCGCAGUGGUCGCCGACAUCAAGUUCCCUCGCGAUCUCGACUCUGACGUUGACAUCAAUGCGAUCAUUUCGGAAAUCGUGGACAACCUCGCCCACGCUGUUUCUGGCGACCCUUGGGAACGCGCACCAGGCGCUGGUGAUGACGACGAGCCAAUUCCGGGUCAGCAUCGAUUGAGCGGACCUGCCAUCGAAGCGCCAGUCACUGCCGUCGGUCCAGCAGCUGAAGAGGCUUGGCGGCACUCUCAGCGCGAGAGGGAGGCCGCGCAAGAGAGUGAGGAAAUGUCAAAACGGAAAAAUCGUCGAGCUCGCUUCAGUCGGCGGCGGUGGAGGGAGAAGGAGAUCGGGUCUCACUCCGAGGACGAGACUGAGGUUGAAGGCGUCCCUUCCGCAAGCAACGAGCUCGCUGCAGCCGCUCCUAUACCGCCAAGCAUUCCGCCGCCUUCGGUCGUCAUCGAUCUCGAUGUGCGCUUUCGCGACAUCAAAGCAGCUGUUCCUUUGUUUCAUUCUGCUCUGGGGUAUAGAACGCAGACCUUCGUCAGGCCCAUCGUCGCCUUCAUGAAUGCCAAUCGCACAUUGAUUCCAGUGCACUGCCGAGUCGUCAUGGACUUGUCGGAAUUCAACGGAAGCAUGGACCUAGCGCAAACCGGACUGCUGCCAGUGGUGUCGGACAAGAUCUAUCAAGCACUAGCCAAUCACGUCACCAGCCAGCAAGCUAAUGGACAGCGGCUUCGUAAUGUCAGCAGCUGGAGCUUGAGGGUAGCUGCCCAGGGUCUACUACAGUUGGCCAGCACCAUCAGAGACAGCUUUACGCGCGCUCCUCAUCUCACCCCGCCGCCUGAGCCGGACACUACGUUGACCAAGACGCGGGGAUAG